GGCCCCGUCCGAGGCUUGGGGCGCGCUGCGCAGCCGUCGGUCGCCGCUGCCCGCGCUUGUGUGUCGCUGCAAUUGCCACGGCCGCCGCCGGUUACGCCAGCCCCGCCGCCGCCCGCUCCGAUUCUGCGCACAGGCGGCCCCCAAGCCUGUCAUUCUGCAAAAACACAGUUUACUCAACACGCCGCACACACACUCGCGCGCGCGCGCACACACACACACACACACACACACACACACACACACGCACACAUACACACACACACACAUACGCACACACACACACUCUCUCUCUCUUUCUCGCGCGCGCGCACACAUACACGCACGCACACACGCGCUCACGCGCGCGCGUAGCCCGGGCCCCCCGCGCGCACACGCACGGGAGCGCGCGAGCGAGCAAGACGCGCACACCCGGCGAGCCAAGUUCCGCAGCCUGGCAUGGCUUCUGGGGACCUUUACGAGGUUGAAAGGAUUGUGGACAAGAGGAAGAACAAGAAGGGGAAAUGGGAAUAUCUUAUCCGAUGGAAAGGCUAUGGCAGCACCGAGGACACAUGGGAGCCAGAGCAUCACCUCCUGCACUGUGAGGAGUUUAUUGAUGAGUUCAAUGGGCUGCAUGUGUCCAAGGACAAGAGGGUGAAGUCAGGGAAGCAAGCUGGAGCCUCUAAGCUGCUUCGAGACACCCGCAGCCCCCCAGUGGAGAGACCCUCCCACAGGUCUCUGGAUCCCAGGAAGAGCAAAUCAACUUCCCACAAGCGGAAGCGCAUCAACUCUCCCCUGUCCAGGCCCAAGAAGGGAUCUUCAGGAAAGGCCUCUGGGGCUGCAGACAGGGCUACUAAGACUGUGUCUUAUAGGACUACUCCCAGUGGCUUGCAAAUCAUGCCCCUGAAGAAAGCUCAGAACGGCUUGGAGAACGGAGAUGCUGGCUCCGAGAAGGACGAGUCACACUUUGGAAAUGGGUCCCAUCAAGCAGAUUUGGAUUUGAAUGACCAGGUUGGAGAGCAGGAUGCCAGUGAUUGCGAUGGGACCCACUCUGCGCUGGUGGAGAAUGGAGUUGGCCCUGCUCUGACCAAUGGAGGCCUGAACCUACACAGCCCUGUGAAGAGGAAGCUGGAGACAGAGAAGGACUAUGUCUUUGACAAGAGGCUCAGGUACAGUGUCCGCCAGAAUGAAAGCAACUGUCGGUUCCGUGACAUCGUGGUACGGAAAGAAGAGGGCUUCACACACAUUCUUCUGUCCAGCCAGACUUCAGAUAACAAUGCAUUGACCCCUGAGAUCAUGAAAGAAGUCCGGCGAGCACUGUGCAAUGCGGCCACAGAUGACAGCAAGCUACUGCUGCUCAGUGCAGUGGGCAGUGUGUUCUGCAGUGGCCUGGACUAUUCCUACCUGAUUGGCCGGCUGUCCAGUGACCGGAGAAAGGAAAGCACUCGGAUUGCAGAAGCCAUCAGAGACUUCGUGAAGGCCUUUAUCCAGUUUAAGAAGCCCAUUGUGGUAGCCAUCAAUGGGCCAGCACUGGGCCUGGGAGCAUCCAUUCUACCCCUCUGUGACAUUGUAUGGGCCAGUGAAAAAGCCUGGUUUCAGACACCAUAUGCUACUAUCCGCCUCACACCUGCUGGCUGUUCCUCCUACACCUUCCCCCAGAUCCUGGGUGUGGCACUGGCCAAUGAAAUGCUGUUCUGUGGGCGUAAACUCACUGCCCAGGAGGCGUGCAGCCGGGGCCUGGUGUCUCAGGUCUUCUGGCCCACAACGUUCAGCCAGGAGGUCAUGCUGCGGGUGAAGGAGAUGGCAUCCUGCAGUGCUGUGGUUUUAGAAGAGUCCAAAUGUCUGGUCCGAAGCUUCCUGAAGUCAGUGUUGGAAGAUGUGAAUGAAAAGGAAUGCCUCAUGUUGAAGCAGCUCUGGAGCUCAUCCAAAGGCCUUGACUCCCUGUUCAGCUACCUGCAGGACAAAAUCUAUGAAGUCUGAAGGUCCCCAGCUUCUGAGCCCCAAUGCUCAAGGGUACCUGACUUCCAGCUGGCCCCUUUGUUUCUACCAUAGGAGCCCAGGGUCCACCAUAGCCAAGAGUUUGUCAGGGUGUGUCUUUACACCUAGGGUUGUAUUCAUUCCUUGUGUCCUUUGGUUGUUCCUCAUUGGUUUGAUUUUGUGUAAGGGUGGGAAAUGCAGUACCGUUGGCUUCCCCAUGCCCCUAUCCCAGCCGGCCAUAGAGAUUCCCAGGGUUACAGCUUCCUAGGGCUCUGCCAGGCAUUGCUACCUUUUCCCCACUAGCUGAAAUGCUUCACCACCAUGGUCCAUAAGGGGAAGAUCAACCUCCCCUAUCCUCCUGACUCAGGCAGUGUCUACACAGUGCCUCCAACUUGGGAGAUGAGACCAUCAUGGUUCUCUGAUUAAAUUAUCUGGGACCGGGGACAAUCAUCUUAGGGAAUUCACAGACCAACAAGCACGUGGCUAGCACGAGACUAUGUAGGCCUGUAGGCCCGGCUUCAGUCUCCUCUCCAAUGCAAAUCGGUGUGACUCUUAGGGCUUGGUCUUAAACCCCAACUGAGUGAUUUACAAACCCAGAUAUUGUACAUUUAGAAAUGUUUUGUUAAAUAUAUAUUUUUAAAAAAAUGUAAGUGGAAAUUCUGAUAAUUUAUGUGUAUUAUAUGUAAAGCUAGUUUUGCAAAAACAUGAAUUACUAGGAAAUUUUUUCUUUAUUUGGAUUUAUUUUAUUUAUUUAUUUUUGUUUAUAUAUUAUGAAGUCUAUUGUCCACACAGAUCUUAUUUUCAUACUACCCUGGACCAAAUACUAUUCAAGGUUCACACUGUUUGGUGCACUCUCGCAAUGAGCCAUGUGGAAAGUUCAGAGAUGAGAAUGGAAGGAUUUUUGUGGAAUUAAAAUGAACAGUGCUGUGUCAGAUCCUCUUCAUACCACUCUUACAACAUGAUGCCAGUUCUCUAGUCUAGUCAU